CUGUGUAGGAUUAUUGUGCGUCAUGUGAACGCUGUAAUCCGAUUGCCUUCAGAGGGGCGGGCCGAAGAUCGACUGACAGCCUCCCCGACCUAUCAGGCCGCAACCGCUGAGAGAUCGACCAAUGGGAGCGGGCGCUCGACAGCAUGGGGGCGGGGCGCAGCCCUGUGAUUGGCCGUGUCCUUAAACGCGCAGCCUCGCGGCUAGCUUUCCGUUCUGUCCAUUACCGAAACCCGAAUGGAAACGGCGUUAGUCUCACCCAAACGUCUUAUUCUGAAUCCCGACGACUGUAACGGAAUAUAUACUGUAACGGCGUCCGUGAGAUCCAGAUGUCGAGCAGCCGAAGGAGCACGCACUUCUGGAGCGAGGAGGAGACGGAUUUCCUCCUGCAGACUCUGAAGGAGAUGAACAUCGACCGCUACAGAGACGGACGCAAGCACCGCAACAGCCUGAUCUUCCGGAGGGUCUGCGCGCGGCACAAGGAGGCGGGCUUCGCGCGCUCCUGCGACCAGGUCAAGCACCGCUGGAAAACACUCAAGUCCAUCUACUACAAGGCCAAGAAGCAGAGCAGCAGCAGCUCUAACGCGGCCUUCAAACACUUCGACACGAUGGAGGAAAUCUUCGGACACAGACCUGUGGCUGUCAGCACCGACACCGAGCCCGACAGCAAGGGCUUCACCUUCGAGGAUGGAGAGGAGGGUGGGGGUGAGGAUAAUGUGGUGGAUGAUGUGGAAGGUGGGAUUCAGGAAAUCCAGUCAGUGAAAACAGAGAAUGAGCCCCUGAUCCUCACACAAGCGUCACACGAGAGCUCCACGACAUCCACCGAGAGCUUCACCUCCACCUCCACCCAGCAGAGCGCAGCUCCAGGCGUGCUGAAGCGCAGGCGGUCGUGUUGUGCUGCGCUGCACAGUCAGUAUCAGGGCUUUCUGGAGAGACUGCAGCGGAGCCAGAACACAUGGCUGGAGUGCCAGCUGGAGCAGAGUCACCUCCGAGAGGAGCGUCUGAUCGCCCGAGUGCUGGCCGAACACAGCCGGUCCAUGGAGGCCUUAGUCAGCCAGCUCUUCUCAGGCUUGAGGAGCCUCCUGCCCUCGUCUCAGCUCAGCACACAGCCUGACGCCAGCCCAGCGCAGAGCAGGACUGAGUCCUGAAUCACACACACACACACAGCUCUCAGAGACUCGAGGAGCACCUCACACACUCUUCAUCCCUAUGCAGUCUUCUGCAGCCCUGCACUGGUUUGUUAAAGGUAGUGAUAAUGUAGCAAUCCAGCAUCUGUUUAACACUGGUAGGUGUUUGUUAUUGUUACAUUGUACCACAUAGCUUCUGUAAAAAGUGUUCAUCAAAUGUUUAGUCAUGAAUAAAGAUGUGAGUGUG